CUAUCCAAAAUUCGAUCUUGAAUCAACACCAAUCAUCUCUAUCUCACUGUCAUCAAAAUGCAAACUUUCUUUCAUUCUCACAUUUUCCACUUCUCACUCUUCCCAUAACCAAAGCUUUGAACACUAUCAUCAUCAAUGGAGGGUUCCCUCUUCCCCUCAAGACCUGUAUAUCCCACCCCUUCAAAUAAACCAACCCAACCAAACUUCCCGCCAUGGAAGCUCAAUCCAACAACAGCCCAACCUCCACCUCCACCACCUCCUCCUACUCAAUCCCCAUCUCCAUCCUCAUUCCCCAUUGAUUCUCUCCUCCAACACCUUCUACACCUUUCUUCGUCUCCAAAAACUCCUCACACUGUUAAACCUGUGAAGCCACAUCAUUUCAGCAAUGCCCAUUUGCGUUCUCUUAAACUUUCGGUUGAUUCUACUCAGAAACAGCUUGAAAAUGGCGGUUACGAAAAACCCACAUCGGUUUUGGUCUCUCAGCUGGAGGAGGACGAAGAAGAAGGUCGUUUGGAAACUGGGUUCCUUGAGUUUCUCACAACAAAGGGAUUGCUUGAGGAAGUACUAGCUUUAUUGUUUGUGGGCAUUCUUGCUUGGGCAUAUCAAGCAAUCUGACCUCGUCCCAAGAUAGUGCCAAGCAUAAACUUGUCUUUGUCCCUGGAUUUGAUUGUUGCAAGCAUGACACAUUAGCCAAAUACCUGUCUUUGGUACUUGUCUUCAUCUCUCUUUUAUUCUAUACCUAUGUUCAAUCUUUUUUGAAUAUCUGAAGAGUUCAUUUUCGUGUGUCUGAUGGAGUAAUGGUGAUUAAGAGAAAUCUUGUUUCCGAUAAGAGUUUUCGUCCUUUUAGAUCAGAACUUUACAUUUGAGGGUGAAGAUUGAAUAAGCCUUUGGUGGCUCUGAGUUGUGUUUUGUUGGAUUAAUCAGUAUGUUUGAUACUUUUGAUUUAGAUUGAAUAUAAAUGUGUUUUUCUGUAUUGUUAAAUAUGAUUUUAAGAAAGAAAUGUAAUUUUGUAUUGUUAAAUA